GCAGCACUGGGCCUGUGAUGCUACGCAGUGUUGCCAUGCUGCUGUCCCCGGCACCUGGGACAAGGUCACCCGCAUGCGAGCGCCGGAACAUCUAAAUAAUUCGCCGCCCCACGGGUGACAGCAGUCUUCAUUCCUUCUGAAGAAGCCAUCUCCUGGUGCCGACAAGAUGUCUUCCCUUGGUGGGGCUCGCUUGGCGCUGUGUGUGCUGCGCUCUGGGUCGCUGGCUGGGCCCUCUCUGCUUUACUGCUUCAGGCAGUAUCCCAAGAGGAAUAUGUUGGCAAUGGCUCCUAAAGGCGCAGUGCAGAGCAUUUGUUCCCGGGCAUUGUCAGCAAUGGCUGGUCAAAGAGAGAGUGAGACUUGGGACAUUGACCUUAUGGAUCACAGCAAUGAACUGAGAAUAGCAGACUCGAGCAAGCAAUUUCGGAGGUUCAUUGCCGACCCCAGCCUGGCAAGGACAGUUGUAAAAUGCCUCAGGCCUUGGGAACAUGGAGCAUCCGGACCUGUUAUAUUUGAGUGCAACCCAGGUCCAGGGUUUGUUACACAGACAUUAUUGGAUGCUGGUGCCAAAGUGGUUGCAUUGGAAAGUCAGACAGAUUUUCUUCCAAGUUUACAGGCUUUAAAGAACAAUGCGGAUGGGCAACUAUCUGUUGUUUAUUGUGACUUUUUCAAGCUGGACCCCUUGGGCCAUGGAUCCAUGGCACCCCCAGCAAUGUACUCUGAAACGUUGUUUGAAGACUUGGGAAUAAACCCGGUUCCCUGGUCUGCAGAUGUCCCAGUGAGAAUCUUUGGAGUUUUCUCACAAAGGAAUGAAUCGAAUUUCCUUUGGAAAAACAUCUUCUCCAUUUAUGAGAAACGUUCCAUAUACAGAUAUGGUCGUAUUGAACUAAAUAUGUAUAUCAGCGAAAAGCAGUACAGGAAAUUGAUUACUCCACCAGGAAACAUGCGCGAUUACCAGGCACUGAGUGCAUUGUAUCAAGUAGCCUGUGAUAUCCAGCUGCUACAUAUGGAGCCCUGGUCAUCCUUUAUGACACCUUCAAGAUUUAGAGGAAUGGCAAUACCUAGGAGUGUGUUACUCCCAAAUGACCACAUGUGCUUAGUGAAGUUUACUCCACGACGGGACUUGUUCACAGAGUAUCUCACCCCCACGAGUUCUAAUAUGUUUGUCAUAAUGCUGAAGCAGUGCCUCGCCAGACGCAAGGUCAAACUUAUGGAUAGGCUAAAUUCCUGGGAUCCAGGUAAUGGACUCGACCUGAUAAGAGCAGUAGGACUUCCUGAAGACAUAAAAACUGGGAAUAUUACUCCAGACCAAUAUAAACUUUUAUUUGAAGCCAUGGAACAUUCUGAAUCAUUUGGCAAGAACUGUCUUUUUCCAGAAAUGUUAGAAAAUGUUCAUUGUGCAGGGGUUUAAUAUGCUUUCAAGUGAGCAAAAGACAAAGAUAAUAGACUUUCAAAUGAAUGUUACAAGCAAGAUAUUUUCAUUUUGCUUCUAUUUCAUUUAAAGGGAGUCUAUCAUCAAUAUUGUGUAAUUAUAUGUAAAAUAAUGUAAUUUACAUAACUUUAUACAUUAAAUUAGAUUUUCUAUGUGUGUUAUAAUAUUUGGUUGGUCUAAAAAAAAAAAAGCUGAUAGGAUAUUAACAUGCAGUGAAUGUUCAUACAAAAUGGGUCUCUUCAAUCAGACAUGUCAUAAGAACACGUAAAAACAUUUUAAACAUGCAGUCGCAAGAACGUGAUCAUGCUGUGGAAAUAUUUGCAUGAUAGAUUCCCUUUAAACGCAUUAUUAAUGUUUACAUUGGAAAAGUUUGUAAGCUGCCUUUGCCAAGAGUCCUUAUAAAAAUGUGUGUGCAUAUGCAGAAUAAAAAGCUCAAGACCA